UGAGUCUCUUAAAGGAAGAUCCAUGAGAAAUGUGUUGCCAAGCAAAACUCUGCUUGUGAGAAAACCAAAUUCAACAUUUACUAAUUACUAAUUUACUAACUUCAAACUCUUCAAUAAAUGACAAAUAUACAGACAACCUUUCAGUAAGUGCAAAUAGACUAAGCAUGAAGAUUUUCUGAGUGUAUGGAGGAUUAUUAAAAUUCAAACUUUAGACCAGGUGGUCUGAACCUAAAGACCAUCAGCAUCAAGAUGAGCUCAGUACAAUAAUACUGCCAGACUGCUCGUACACUCAUCAACCUAUUGUAAGGUGCAUCACUUGAAAUUAAUCGAAAUUACAUUUUGUUGCCAUCAUUUGAAUCGAAAACAUCAGGAAAUUGAUUUAGAGGCCAUAUUUCCGAAAGUCACCUUGUCAAGUGGCUCAGAACCAAUGCCCCCAUUUUGUGACGUAUUAACAUACAGUAAACAGUACAGUAAGACAAGGGUUAGUUUUGUACCAGGUGUCAUGCAUGCGGUAAUAGUUACACUACUUGUUAUGUGGGUACAUAAUGUAAAAUACAGGAGUUCAUUGUAAAGGGGGAAGGCAAGGCAUUAUUAUGUAUAUAGCUUAUUUCAUUACAAAUAAACUCCAUAUGCUUUACAAUGCGUACAGCAACAAGUCAAAAUGCAACAGUGACGAGAGGAAAAGACAGUGACACACACACUGCUGAAAUAACUACAGCAAUGCUUAACUUGGGCAAGCGCGGAGCCUUUACAUGACUGCAGUACAAGUGCACGGAGACGAUCCGGCGCUGGUGCUGUGGGAGACUGAUGAGUAAUGGGCGUCAGCUGCUGACACCAGAGCAAUUUGACUUCAACGCUAUCCUCAAUUAUACAUUUACAUAUGACGAUUAUGAACCAUCUACUCCUUGCAAUGUAACUGUGCCUGGAUUUAGUAGCGUGGGCCUGAUGAUCACCUACAUCAUCGUGUUUCUCUUCAGCAUGGUAGGCAACAGUGUAGUUGUCUAUGUGGUUUGUUAUAUGAAGAAAGGUAGAGUCAGCACAGAUAUCUACUUGAUGCACCUGGCGAUGGCAGACCUUCUCUUCACUCUUACCCUCCCGUUCUGGGCCGUCAAUGCUCAUUCUGGUUGGAUCUUCGGCAACUUCCUGUGCAAACUCCUGUCAGGCUUUCAGGAGGCAUCAGUAUACAGUGGUGUCUUCCUGCUGGCAUGCAUCAGUGUGGACCGUCACUUUGCCAUUGUGAGAGCUACUCGUGUCCUGUCCUCCCGUCACCUGUUGGUGAAAGUGGUGUGCAGUGUGGUGUGGCUGGUGGCUGGACUGCUGUCCUUACCCGUGGCAAUUCAGAAGGAGAGCAUGCGUGCUGAAGACCUGGGCCAGACCAUUUGCUAUGAAAACCUAACUGGUGAAAGCAUUCACCACUGGCGUGUUGCCACGCGUGUUCUGCGCCAUACGAUGGGCUUUUUCCUGCCACUGCUGGUGAUGGCUGUCUGCUACAGCUGGACUUUGGUGGCACUGUUUCACACACGUAAUCAACAAAAGCACAAGGCCAUGCGCAUCAUCCUGGCAGUGGUGAUAGCAUUUGUUCUGUGCUGGCUGCCAUAUAAUGUUACUGUACUGAUUGACACACUCAUACGAGGCGACUCAAUCAAAGGGGAGACAUGCGAAACUCGCUACAGAGUGGCAGUGAUGCUAAAAGUGACCCAAGUGUUGGCCUUCAUGCACUGUGCGGUGAAUCCAGUGCUGUACGCUUUCAUUGGGCAGAAGUUCCGUAAUCAGUUUCUCUCGGCUCUUUAUAAACACGGCCUCAUCAGCAAGAGGCUCCAGAUGGCUUACAGGAAUAGCUCUGUCAGCAGUGCAGGGAACAUCAAAUCUAGACACACCUCCACUACUAUGUAACUAACUCCUGACGGGUGAUUAUGCUAUUUACAGGCUCGGGUGGUGGUCAUUUUUAUUUGACCCUUCAAUUGGCCAAAUGAGGAAAGUGUAGAAUAGUAUUACAGACCACAACAACCAAGUGGUCAUAUUUGAUAUCCUAAUACAUGUACAAUAUAAUCUGAACAGAAUAAGAAUAUUCAGGAAAAUUAAUAGAUGUAGGUGUUAGCUUGAUUAUUCAAAAUAUGAAUCAAGUUCCAUAUUUUAUUACUCCAUCACAGCCUAUGUACAUUGUCUGAAUUUAAAGGAAUAGUCUAACAUUUUGGAAAAGACGAUUUGCUUUCUUUCCAAGGGUUAGAUGAGAAGAUAGAUACUACUCUCCCGUCUCUACAGUUAAUAUGUAGCUGGAGCCAGCAGCCGGUUAAGCUUAUCUUACCAUAAAGACUGGAAACAGCUAGCAAGGCUCUGUCCAAAAAUCCACCUGUGUAAAAAUGACAAUUCACUGUUUCACAGGGGUUUAUGUACUAAAGUAUUUCUUGGCCAGGAGCAGUAACAUCCUUUAACUUUAGAGGUGCUGGUAGGCAGAUGUUGUUAGCAUUAGUUAGAGCCAGGCUAGCUGUUUCCCCCUGUUUUCAGUUUUUUUUUUUUUUUGCUAAAUUAAGCUAAGCAGCUGGCUGUAGCCUUAUAUUGAAAAGACAAACAUUUUCUCAAUCUCUAAUCUCAAAGUAUUCCUUUAAAUCAUGUUAUUAACCAUUGGACAAUAUUGUAGAGUGGAGAGUGUCAUCCCCUAAUGUUUAAUUGCUAUAACAAAUAAUAUGGAUGUAGAUAGUUUACAUGACUAAUGCUAAAGUUAGAAUUGGAUAGUUGCUUCAAAGCUUUAGCUGGAUGUCUGAUUUAGGAUCCUGUCACAACCCAGAUGUGUACCCCAUAGCUUAGAAAGGCUUUUUUAUUUUUAUAUUCUUGCCUUAGUGUAUUUUCAUGGUGAGUGAUUUAACAUUGUUUGAGGUGUAAUUAUUGAGUCCAAAAAGUUUGCACUCUAGAGAACGAAACUGGGUGCGCAACCUCAAAAAUAAAAAUCAGUUGUCAGUGGAGGAAAAGGUGGCACACCUUCAAAGUAGUUAAUGAGAAAGCUGGUGCAAUUAUUGAGAUUAUAUUGUUGUUUAUGUGCAUUUUACAAAGCUUGUGUGGUUUUUCAUGAACAGAAAGAACUUUAAGUUUGAAGUUCAUUUUAAUUUGAACACUGUGAAUUUUUAACUUGAAGUUUUUUUGUCCUCAUAUCAGACAGUAGUGAAAAAACGUGUUUUCGUGUUGUUUUUUUUUUGGCAGAUCAGAUAUCUUGAUCUUUCAAACAGGAAGUAGUGGUGAAUCAUCUUUCUGUUUUCAAAAACAAGGUGCUGUCUCUUCAAUGACUGAUUUUUAUUUAGGUUUCCCUCCAAGGUCUGUACAAACUGCUGCUGCAAGAAACAACAGUGCAACAGUGUUUUUUGUAAUCAAUGUUGUAAUCGUAAAAUGCUGUAUUUUUUCAGUACAUAGCAAAUUGUUUCUUGCAGUAGACAUCUGGCUAUAAUACAUAAGAUAGAAUACUUUAUCUGUUUAUCUGAAUUUGUACCUUGAUCACGUGAAUGUCUGUAUGUACAGGUAGUACAUGUGGCAAUGGUGUGUGUGUGCAUGUGCGUGCCUGCAUAGGUGGCUCUGUGGCUGAUGUAAAGAAGGAGAUGGGAGAAUGUGUCUUCAUGAGAAGUUGUGCAGCAGCCAUGGAUGCAAAAUAAAAUUACAUGUAAAGGAAGGGAUGUUUUUACAUUGUCUGAUCAUAUGAAUUAUUACUGUAUUAUCCUAUUUUUCUCAGCUGUUUCUGCAAAACUCAUUUGAAAAAGCCAAAAUAUACUAAAAAAUUAAAAAAAAAUCUUUAAAUCCUAAACCAUGUGUGGUCUCUCAUAUCAGAAAUACUUUAUAUAUAUAUAUAUAUAUAUAUAUAUACAUAUAUUUCCUCAGUCAAGUUGUGUGACACUUUAUUGUUUAAUUCAUUAAAUUAAUUCUACUUUCUAUGCUUUACAUUAAUCUAAUUGGACUGAGGAGCAGGUCCUCUGUCGUGGCAAAAAGUGUAUAAGGUAACAUUUUUGACAGUUCUCUCCAAGCAACAGGAAAAGAGUUGUACAUUUUGUAAGUCUGUAAAUGUUUUAACACUCCCUGCACUUCCAAAAUUGAUGGCAUUGUAAUUGAUUUAUCAAACGUGGGUCUAGCCUUAGACCACAUGAGUAGAGUAACAGAAACAGCUUUCUAACCAAAAAUCUUGAUGCUGUCCAAAACAAAAGCACGAUUAAACGCUUUCGCAUGUUGUCCAAGUUCUGGCUGUGCUCCUGUUAUGUUUGUGGUCUGGUGUUCUGCUAAUUAACAUAGUUACUAUAAAAAUUCAUUUUCACCAUACAAGUAUUUACCAUUGUUUUCCUAUAUGCACUGUUGCAACCUGGCUCACAAGCCAUGACAAAUAGAAAGGAAAUGGUUCUUUAAAGACCCGAAUAAUCAAAUUAUUUUAUAAAAAGGGCAAAAGUACACACACUUACUGAAUCAGUGUAAUGAUUAGUCAGUGUGAGUUGUGUCUUUGGGUGGAACUAUUAAUAAUGUGUUGAAUAGGUGUUUUUUAUGAUGUGAUGGCUGUGAUGGCUGAUCUUAAAAUGACCGGUGCUUACCUUGUAAAAAAGAAGAAACAAAUAGAGGAAGUACAGUAUUAAGUAAGCAUAUUCUUCCCAUUGUUCUCUGAUUUGACAAUUCAGUUUUUUUUUUAUGUGUGUGUUUUUUUAUGUUCUCUGCCUGUCAAGAUGUUCUAUUUGUAUUAUUAUCAUUAUAUAGUAUUAUUAUUAUUAUCUAUUACUAAAAAUAUCAAAAAUCCAUUGCCACUUAUCUCCCUCUUUCUAUGAUCCCUCUGAUCUCAUAUAAUAUGAACAAGUGAACGACAAAACAGAAUGAACACUUCAUACGAUUCAUAAAAUGCUACAUAAUUAAAGGAUCUCCUCACAACAAAACCAUAUCAGGUUCAUUAAAGAAAUUAUUGUAAUGCAGUAGUUUGGUACCAGAGUCAGCCUUGUGUAACAGGGUUCCAGUUUGAAAACAACUCUCCCUCUAAGUACAAUACUGUUUUGGAUUCUUGUUAGUACUGAUUGGUGAUAUCAUGUAAUUGGCUGCAUAGCCCCCCAACUUUAACCUGAGCAGAGGUCUGAUUAGCCAGAAUAAUUACAAACACCUGUGAGGGCAGUAGAGGAAGUAGUCAGAUAGGCCUUUUUGAAGGAGGACAUUCUGACAUGUCACAGUAGCAAAGGCAAAGGCGGAAAUAAUAAAUUAACAAUGGCUGAAUUCCAUUUAGCUGCUUCGGUUUCAGGGGUCCUGCUAUUGUGCAUCCUGCCUCACUGUCACACUGCCAUAGCUGACUGGGAUACUUGAAUAUAAUGGAGCCAUCGUAAAUGUUAUUAGUAACACCAGUGCUUUUCAGUCAAAAAGGCCUUUACUUGAGUUAAGGUAGAAAUUGCAAGUAACAGGUAAAAUGUUAAAUAAGUAUUAUUAGGAACAAACUACUAUUAAAGUAUUAGUGUUAAAAGUACUCAAGUCAGAAAAUGGCGUCAGUGUUUUAUAUCAUUGGAUUAUUACUUCUGAUGCAUUUUGCUGCUAGAGCUGGUCAAGCUGGAGCUAAUUUGAAUUAGGCCUAUUUCUUACACUGUUUGGUAGUUUGAUACUAAAGCUGUCAGGUUAAUGUAGUGGACUAGAAAGUACAUUAUUUCCCUCUGAAGAGUAGUGGAGUAGAUUUAUAAACUGACAUGAAAUGGAAAUAAUAAAGUAAAAGUACAUCAAAUUUGUACUUUUUGUACAGUCCUUGAGUAAUCAUACUGAGUUACUUUCCAUCACUGUGUGUGGGUGUGCCAGGCCUUUAAUGGCUUUAAUAUUCCAGUUGAUAUUAUACAUAUGUGCACAUCCUUUGUGUUUAAUCAAAUUAUCACAAACUAACUGGCAUACAGUAAACCUGGGGCAGGGUAGUAAUUCCAGUUUAGAAAUACUAGUUGGUUUCUGGGACUCUGGAUAGAAUAGGUUGGGGAAAUGUGAGUGGAGGGAGGCUCAAUAGUGCCCAGCAGCUCAUUUUGCCCCAGGGCUAGUGGGUAUAUCCAGCCCUGCUUUUGAUUUUACUUGCAGGGAUGCCAACUCACACAAUUUGAAUUUUGCCUGUUCCCCAUUCUUCUACAAUUCAGCAUCUAUUACAGAUUAAAAUGCCAAGAUUAGAUUAAUGAGUUUACCAAUUAUUUUCAUGUCACUGAAUGUGAUCUGGGGUUCGGCA